GGAAGGUGUCUCGUCCUCGCUGCCAUUCCCUCCUGCCAUCCGAAACGUCGGAAUUCCUGUCGGGUCUGUUUUUCGUGGUGUGUACGAGGGCCGUCAUCCCUGUAUCACAUUUGUUUUCGUUCCAUUUUUGCUUCGAACAGAGACUCCUCUUGUCUUGACCGCACCAUGGCCGACAACCACAACGGCGAUCGAUCCAUCAAGCGCCAAAGCUCCGACGACGGCGAACCUUACUCCCGAAAAAAGAAGUCAAAAAUGGACAGCCUCAAUGGCGACGGCAAGGCCAAUCCUUACCUCGCCCACAUGUAUGAAACCGAUACCAACGGACACAGCGAGCAAGAUCCUUUCGUAAACUUUCGCACCAGAAACACCACCGCCAAGGAGGCCGAGGCUGUGGAGGACCUCGACGUCAAUGCUUUCACCGGCAAGCCCCAUUCGUCGCGCUACUUCGACAUUCUCCGCGUGAGGAGGGAUCUUCCUGUCCACAAGCAGAGACAAGAAUUCCUCAACAAGUACCACUCUAGCCAGAUCCUCGUCUUCGUGGGAGAGACGGGUUCUGGCAAGACCACCCAAAUUCCCCAGUAUGUCCUCUUUGACGAGGUGCCCCAUCGCUCCGGAAAGAUGGUCGCCUGCACACAGCCUCGUCGAGUCGCCGCCAUGUCCGUCGCCCAGCGUGUCGCCGACGAGCUCGACGUGACCUUGGGCGAGGAGGUCGGUUACAGCAUCCGGUUCGAGGACAUGACGAGCCCCAACACUCUCCUCAAGUACAUGACCGACGGUAUGCUUCUACGUGAGGCCAUGCACGACCACGAAAUGUCUCGCUACAGCUGUAUUAUCCUCGACGAAGCCCACGAGAGAACCCUCGCUACCGAUAUCCUGAUGGCCCUUCUGAAGACCAUCGCGGCCCGUCGCCCGGACCUGAAGAUCAUCGUCAUGUCUGCUACCCUCGACGCCCAGAAAUUCCAGCGCUAUUUCAACGAUGCGCCUCUCCUGGCUGUUCCCGGCCGUACUUACCCGGUCGAGAUUUUCUAUACCCCCGAGCCGGAAAAGGAUUACGUCGAGGCGGCCAUCCGUACUGUCCUGCAGGUCCACGCGUCAGAGCCGGAGGGCGAUAUUCUUGUGUUCCUUACGGGCGAGGAAGAGAUCGAGGAUGCUUGUCGCAAGAUCAGUCUCGAGGUCGACGAGAUGGUUCGCGAGAUUGAUGCGGGACCUCUCGCCGUCUACCCUCUCUACGGCACGCUGCCUCCCCACCAGCAACAGAAAAUUUUCGACAAGGCACCUGCGCCCUUCAAGAAAGGAGGGACCCCUGGGCGCAAGUGUAUUGUUGCCACUAACAUUGCCGAGACCUCUCUGACCAUCGACGGUAUCGUCUACGUCGUCGACCCAGGCUUCAGCAAGCAAAAGAUCUAUAACCCUCGGGUUCGUGUUGAGUCGCUCCUGGUGUCCCCCAUCUCCAAGGCCUCGGCACAGCAGCGUGCCGGUCGUGCCGGUCGAACCAAGCCUGGCAAGUGCUUUCGACUCUACACCGAAAAUGCCUUCAAAAAGGAGCUCAUUGAGCAAACACACCCGGAAAUCCUGCGCUCUAAUCUGGCGAAUACGGUGCUCGAGCUAAAGAAGCUCGGCGUGGAGGACCUGGUCCAUUUCGACCUGAUGGAUCCGCCAGCGCCCGAGACGAUGAUGCGGGCGCUUGAAGAGCUCAACUACUUGGCGUGUCUGGACGACGAGGGCGAGCUGACAACUCUCGGGGGCCUUGCUUCCGAAUUCCCGCUCGACCCGGCCCUGGCCGUAAUGCUCAUCUCCUCGCCAGAGUUCUACUGUUCGAACGAAAUCCUGUCAAUUACGGCAUUGCUCUCGGUACCGCAGAUAUGGGUACGUCCCGCUAGUAGCCGCCGGCGCGCGGACGAAAUGAAGGCGCACUUCGCGCAUGUGGAGGGCGACCACCUCACUUUGCUCAACGCAUACCACGCGUUCAAGGGUCAGAUGAACGCCAAUGCCGACGUCAAACGCUGGUGUCACGAGCAUUUCCUAUCCUAUCGGCAUCUCUCCAGCGCAGACAAUGUGCGGGCGCAGCUUAAGCGCAUCAUGGAGACCCACGAAUUGAAACUGAUAUCGACGCCCUUCGAGGAUAAGAACUACUACACCAACAUCCGCCGUUCCCUCCUCGCCGGCUUCUUCAUGCAAGUCGCCUUCCGUGAAAGCUCCGGGAAGGUCUACCGCACGAUCAAGGACGAUCAGGCCGUCAUGCUGCACCCGUCCACUGUGCUCAAGACUGACUACGAAUGGGUCGUCUACAACGAGUUUGUGCUCACCUCGAAGCAAUAUAUCCGCACAUGUACCGGCGUCAGGCCCGAAUGGCUUUUGGACAUUGCACCCAUAUACUACGACCUCGAUACCUUUGGAAAGGGAGAGGCGAGGACGGCUUUGAUGCGUGCCGCGGAGAAGAAACGGCGGAAGGAGGCAAUCAAAAAGGGUCGGUGAGGCAUCUAUCUCUCAUAGGGACGGAACGAUCAAUGAGACGGGGGCACAGGAUGAGCAGCAGACUCUGUACGUCGUGAUUUAUGGUUGGGCGUAUUCGGUAUCUGGUUUGAUAAGUCCGACUGGAGUUGUUUUGUCUUUCAUCCAGUCUUGGAGAUUUCUUGGGGCCACCUCUAUAGACAACAGGCGGUGGCAAGUUAGCGACCCGCAGGGCCCAGGACGUAGCAAAAUAUAGAAGAGACGGGUUUGAGAUCUGGAAGCAGGGGAGAGAGCCGAUGUUAUCUAGAUAAAUGGGAUGUUGUCCAACAUGGAUGGCAGCAGGGCGUAACAUCUAGCUGGUCAUUAACGACCGAUACGCCCCACUCCAGUCAACGUUGGAUGUGCUAUACUGCACGAGAAAAUGGCAGCAAAUUCCUCCAUUCAACUCACACUGGUCGCCAGGUGGAGUUUCUCGGCUUUUUAUUAUCG